AUGGUGGACAAGGCAUGGGUUCACCUAUGCAGAGCGGAUCCUGCAUAUGAGAUUGGUGCUAGGAAUUUUGUGAACUCAGUUGCCUCUGCCUUAGGAGAUUGUGAUUUGGUUAUAUGCCCGUGCAUUGAUUGUCGAAAUGUAGACCGUCAUUCUAAAAAUGAUGUAGUGGAUCACCUGGUCACCAGAGGAAUGGAUGAGACGUACAAGCUAAGGACUGAUUGGUAUCAUCACGGGGAAGUAAACUGUGGGUCUGACGAAGCAAGGAAAGUGAUUAGAGAGUGGAACGAGGAGAUUCUAGGGUUGUAUCAAGCUGCCGAAUACUUGGAUGAAGAGUUAGCUAACAAGACUGACUUAUGCGAUGUUGCUGAAGGUUUAGACAAGAGAGAAGAUGAGUUUCUAGCUAAACUUUCUGAUGCUGAAACGCCAUUGUAUCCAAGUUGUGCUAGCCAUAGCAAGCUAUCAGCAAUUGUAUCGUUGUUUAGGCUGAAGACUCAGAAUGGGUGGUCGGACAAGAACUUCAACGAGCUGUUAGAGACACUGCCGAGUUUGUUGCCAGACGAUAAUGUGCUUCACACCUCGUUGUAUGACGUGAAGAAGUUCGUCAAGUCUUUCCAUAUGGGCUACGAGAAGAUCCAUGCCUGUAUUAAUGACUGUUGUCUUUUCAGAAAGUGGUUGAAGAAGUUAGACAACUGUCCCAAGUGCAAGACAUCAAGAUGGAAGACUAACUUGCAAACCGGUGAACUUAAAAAAGGCGUCCCUCUGAAAGUUUUGAGGUACUUUCCCAUCAUUCCGAGGCUGAAGAGGAUGUUUAGGUCAGAGCAAACUGCUAAAGAGCUACGGUGGCAUUUUACUAACAAAAGUAAUGAUGGAAAGCUGCGUCAUCCCGUGGACUCCGUAACAUGGGACCAGAUGAAUUCCAAGUAUCCGUUGUUUUCCGCGGAAUAA